AUGUUAACGCUACUGUAUGAACAAUUCAAUAUAGUUGCUUUACGUAUACUUCCAUUUGAUUCUGGUUCUGAUGAUACCAGUACUGCUGCUGUUCAUGGUAGCCCCAGUCAAUUAUUACGAUUAACUGCACAUCCUUCAUUGAAUGAUUUACAGCAUGCAUUCAAUCAAUGGCAAUGUAAUCGUACAUCGUUAACUAUUCGUCUUAUUAGUGAUUAUCUAAUUGGUGUAGUGAUUAAAACAAAUAAUCAAUUGACAAUUGAUCAAACAUGUGCAAUGAUUACAAAUUAUUUUACAAAUGUUACAGAUCCAAAUGAAUGGAUUUAUUUUGUGUAUAGCUUAUUGAUGAAGUUACCGCUUAGUUUAUUGGGUUUAGUAUUCUCUUUGAUUAUUAUUCCAAGUUUAGAAUCAGCAGGAAUACGUCAGUCUACAUCAUGGCCGUUAGAUAAAUCAGAUAUUUCACUUCCUAAUCAUCAUCAAAAUAAUAAUGAUAACAAUGAUUCACCCAUCACGUACAGCCUUUUAUCCAUCUUCUCCAAUCAUCUCCUUCCUUUAAACACAUGUAUUCAACAUGAACAUCAUUCUCAAUUAAAUGAUAUUUAUCUAAUCACUGUGAUUGGUCAUAUUGGUUAUCAAUUGAAAUGGCCAGCUUAUAUAAAAUAUUUUGAAGAGAAUCGUUUUCAGUUGAGUAAUACACUUGGUCAUGUGAUUCCGGUGAAUCAGGAUCACCAACAACGCAAAACAAAUGAUAUGCCAUGUCAAUUAUCAAUAAUGAAUAAUGAUGUUUUGCCUACAAGUAUAUCUGAUCAUGUGACUAAUGAUGAGAAUGGUGAUGAUAAUCUAGCUUUAAGUUGUACACAACUAAUGGAGAGUAGUGAAGAUAAGAAUUCAACUUAUCUAACCAUUCUAAGUAAUGAUAUCAAUUCAAGUGUCAAUAAUGCUGACGAAUCAAACAAACAUAUUACAACAGCAGCAGCAGGAAUUACAACAACAACAGCUGAUUUAAACAAUACUUCAUCAGAUCGUUAUCAAUUUAUUGAAGAGAUUAGACGUCGAGAAUUUGGUGUUGGUGUGGAAUUAAGUAAAGAAGCAGCUGAUUUAGUUCAGAGAGUUGAAGGUAAAUUAUCACGUAGUCUUGUACAAUUAUCCGAAGAAUUGUAUAGUUUACCUGGACAUUUCCUAUUAGAAUUAAUUCAAAAUGCUGAUGAUAAUCAAUAUCAUGUCAGCGAUGUACCGACAUUACAAUUACAAUUGUGUCAGCUUUCUACAGUGAGUGAUGAUGAUGCUGAGGCUGAUGAGAGACAAACAUUUGCUUUAUUGGUUAUGAAUAAUGAAUCAAUUGGAUUCACUGAAUCCGAUAUGUCUGCAUUAUGUGAUAUUGGUCAAAGUACUAAAGUGUUACAACGUGAUGCAAAAAUUGGACGUAAAGGUAUCGGUUUCAAAUCAGUGUUCAAUGUAACAAAUACACCAGAAAUUCAUUCAAAUGGUUUUCAUGUUCGUUUUCAUCGACAAUCAUCACCAACGUCGACCAAUAGCCCUACUGAUACAUCUUCAUCAUCAUUAAUACUUAUACCAGAAUGGUGUUCUACUACUACAAUGCGAACAUUGAAUUCUGCACAGUCAUUACCGUCAUGGUGUAAAACAUUGUUUAUUUUACCAUUAAAUUCAAAACUAUUCAUUCAUUAUACAUCAUUGAUGACUGCAAUACAAUCGUCUAUUGUGUAUAUUAUACGACUUAUUCAAACAACAUUUCAUCCGAAUUUAAUGUUAUUUUUAAGACGUUUACAAUGUUUAACAUUUUCUUGUGUUGAAGUAAGUUUUAUUUUAUUGGUUUGCUUGAAACACAAUGAUUGA